AUGCGCGAGAUAAAUGAUGAGUCACUUAUAGGGAUCGUGGAUCUUGUCAGCGGAGAGCGAGAUCCCCGCAAUCUCAUGAUUGUUUUCUCUAUUCUCAAGGUGCUGAUGAUGGAGUGGGAUAUAUCAGGACAUACUCAGGAUCUGUUUGAUGCUGCUUAUAAUUAUUUCCCAAUAACGUUUAGACCUCCUCCAAAUGAUCCAUACGGUGUAACUGCCCAGGAUCUGAAAGACCGACUACAGGCUUGCAUAACAUCCACGCCCCUUUUUGCCCCAUAUGCUUUCCCGGCCUUACUAGACAAGUUAGACUCAACAUCAGCCAAUGUAAAGCGUGAUGCUUUGAAAGCACUCAAUGGAUGUAUUGAAUCAUACAGUUCCGCAACCUUAACCCGGUAUUCUCUUACUAUUUGGGACUGUCUCAAGUUUGAAAUACUCAACGCACAGGACGAAAUUCUUCCUGCAGAAGCUCUGCGGGUGCUACAUGCUUUAGCUUCUAGGCUCCCUAUAUCAUCAGUUAAUGGCGUCAAUAAAUCACCGCUUGCACAGUUCCUAAAACCAGUUACAAACGAAUGCAUUGAUCAGCUACGAGAGCCAUUGCAGAAACAGGCGAAGCCAGCACGCCAGAUUUUGAGCUCAUUAUCAUCUGCAUCUGCACCUUCAUAUACUCUAAUAACCGAGUCCGUUAUUCGUCAAUUGAUCAACAUUUACCAAAAUGCCGAUGCCAUUUCGAAACAACGCGAGAUUCUAGAAACCUUUAUCGAACUCUUCAAGUCAGCAGUAACGGUCUUUGGAACUUGGACCACUGCUACAUCUGAUUCGAGCCUUCCAAACCCGCUUACCUCAUACAAAGAUGGCCUUACGGAAAUAUUCAGUAAAUCCUUAAUGGGUUCCGCAGAAGAUGAAACCUCAUUCAGGCUCUCGGCCUUGAAAGGGCUUACAGAACUCUCUCUCCUACCGAAUUUCCUUGAGGAUAAUGAGAUUGGCCUUUUUGUUCAGUAUUUCAAUGAUAUCCUCCUCCGUGAACGGACUUCUGCGCAGGAAGAAUUGCAUAGAGAAACCAUCAAUGCUUUGGCGAAGAUGUCAAAAAACAAACCACAGCUUAUCAUUGAUAUCACUUUCCCUGCAAUUUUAGCAACUCUACCUGAUACGGUAAAUGGAAAUGACGAGACCUACCUACAUUCCCUCGAUAGCCUGGCCCGAAUAAGUACGGAAAAGGAGGUGUUUAAUACGCUUGUUAGGAGGUUACUCAGCAAGUUGGAUGUUGUGACCAGCUCCACUGACGGAAGCUCUUCAACUUAUACCGCUGCUAUACUAACGACAAUCCUAUAUGCAAUGGAACAUCGCCAGGACCUAGAAAACGACCCGAACUUGAACUUCUACUACGAGAAGAUUGUCCGAUCUCUGUGUCGCUGCAUUGCUAAAGCGUCUACAACGGGAGAUUCGGCUCUAAAUCACCCGCGGGUACUAGAUGCCUUAGGUCGACUUUGCAACCUGAUCAUCCAGUACCUACCGCGAGCUACGCAGGAAGAGGCGUGUAGAAAUAUAUAUGCAUUGUUUACAACCGAAGAAGAAUUUACCCCGGCUCUAUUUUUAGAGAAGUCGACAACUCUCCCGCAAAAACAGAUGAUAAUUAUCUCAACCUAUAUCCUUGCCGCGUUGCCGAAAGAUAUAUCACCACUUCCAUAUACGAGCACCGGGAUCGAACCCCUUUUGCGGAAAACUAUAAAAGCCUCAAUAUCAGAGGAAUCUGAUCCGUCGACCCAGCUAGCCUUAGCCCGCCAUGUUGCACUCCUAGCUAACAAAUUCCUUUCUAAGGAGGAGGUCCAGUGUGCUUCAGAUAUCUUAUUCUCACUAAUACCGCCGUCAUCAUCUACAGCUCUAUUACAACAAACUAUUCGGACCAUUUUCUGGCUAUCCAAAGCUUUAAUUCUCCGGCUAGCUCCCUCAACCAUCCAGAUCCUAACCUCGCUGUUAGAUCUACUGGAUUCUCCCGACCCAAAGACUAGUGAGCUUUGCGCCAGGGGCUUUAGUAUGCUCCUGUCUGAAGACAGUAUCCUUAAUGUUAAAAAUGGAGCUACCAUUCGUCUUCUUGUCAAACAAAAAGUUUUCACAACUGUGAUCCCUUUGAUAUCUGCUCGAGUCCAUGACGCCAAUAUAUCCGCUACUGCGCACGAUGAAUCAUCAUUAAGAAAAUCUCAUUCCAAAGAGUCGUAUCUUACUGCUCUAUCUGGUCUCCUAUCCACUAUACCUUCGUCUCUGGUAAUGACUAAGUUACCAACACUCUUACCCCUUUUACUUCAAACGCUCGACUUAAAUCCCGCUGCUGAUACCUCAUCCGCCGAACCAUCACCCACAACCAGCAGCAACAUCAAAUCCGCUACACUCAAAACACUGGCAAUUGUCAUUCAUGAAAACGGGGUCCAGGUGAUAAAUGAGAUUGGCUACGUGGAAGAUCUCGUCACUCGCCUUUUACGGGCGGCAACAAUACAUAGAAAAAAUGGAAUUGAUAUACAUGUUGAGAAAACUGCGGAUUCAUCAACAUCGAAGAAAACUAGUGCCAGCGAUACCAGUAACCCAGCGAAAGUUCGAACACAGUCUCUUCAAUGCCUAACUCUGCUUGCCAAUAACCCUGUUGGCCAAAGUGUUGAAGGAGAAAAUAAAAGGUCACUGUCUACAGUGUCUCCCUUAUUACGGCUAAAAAAUAACGUGCUCAGGGAUUUGCUGUGUGUACUGGAUGACCCUAAGCGGGAUGUUCGUAAGGCUGCCGUCGAUGCACGAGCAGCAUGGCUAAGAAAUGCUGAAGACGAAGCAAAUAAUGACGAUGUUUAG